GGCUUAGAAACCGCCACAUUUCACAACUUGUCACUCUGAUUUAGACCUUGGCAAAGCAAUGGAAGACCAAUGCAGUCCACUCAGCUGGGGAUAUUUCUAUCAGGAAGAGGGAAUGGAAGAGUUAAAGCAUACCCUCUUGUUUAAAACAUUGGAGCUAGAGACAACAUUAAUAUCAGCUAAGGAGGAGAUUACAAGAAGAGAGUUUGAAUUGAUUCAUCUCAAAGAUGUGUUAAGCAGAACAAAGAAAGAGAGAGAUGAAGCUCGUGCUAGAUGCCAGAAGCUGGUGUUGGAGAAAUUCAUACUUGAGCAACAAUUACAACAGAAAGAGCAACAACAGCAGAAGCAGCAGCAACAAAAAGUGCAAGAACAGCAGCAAGAAACUGCUUCACUUUCUGGGGUUUCUAGCAGUGAAGAUGAAUCUAAACCUGGUGACUCCAACAAGCAUAUUUCCAGUCCUGAUAGCAAUAGAAGUAUGAUUUCAUCUCCGGGUUUAGACUCAGUUUCCCCCACGGUGAAUCUGCCAUUACAACCACAACCAUCACUUCCACAAGAGGCCUUGAAACUAGCAGCUAACAGGCCACUUCCUGAGAAAGGAAAGCUGCUGCAGGCAGUGAAGGAUGCUGGUCCACUUUUGCAAAACCUUAUCUUGGCAGGACCGCUUCCUCAAUGGCAGCAUCCACCUCCCCAACUUACCUCCAUCGACAUUCCUCCAGUAGCCAUCUCUUCCCCUUCUCAGCAACUCAUAAACCAAGACUCUUUCAACAAUUUUACUGGUUGUUUAAGCAAGAAGAGGGGUCCAGAGAACUACGAAGGCUCUGAUUCUUCUCCUAACACCAAGUACCAGAAGGUUGUUCUCCACUGAACAAUACGAAUCGCAUCCCUUAAUUCUCUAAUAUGCCAUUCUUUUCAUGCUGCUAACACAAGAAGAGUAAAUCGGCAUGAAUCGGGUGGCCAUUUAUGUGCCAAUUCAGAAUUUUGUACACUAGUUUAAUUUUGCUUAGGAAUCCAAUAUCUUGACUACCCUCCAAUGUUGGAUGGAGACUUAAAAUGUCUUUAAUUUAUGCAUCACUUUUCUAAUUAUGUAUAUGAAUGGAAUCCGAAAUGAAGUUCCAAAAUUUCCAGAUUAUAGUAGGGAACCUUUUAUGAAAUUUCUGAUGUAGCCAAAAUUUGAGAAGAUUUGUAUGUUACAAUUAAAUUAAUGUUUUGCCUUGUGCUUUUUUCAUUCUUUUUAGGAGGCCGUAAUCCGGGGUUAAGGGGAAGGAGUUACAAAUACUGAAAUUUAAAUUCUAAAUCUGGUGGAUACCAUUUCUUAAUAGUAGCUGCAUAAACUAAUCAUGUAAACUUUGGGUUCGCAUUCCUUUCUCUUUGCUUUUGCCCAUGGUUAUAGUAUCAAAGUUGGUUAAUGAUGAAAAGUAUGAACAGACAAAGCAAUGAUAGAUCUCCAGACCUUUUCUCAUUCCAUGAAGCACACCUACCAUCCAUGGUGAAUGUCUGCCAUUAAAAGCGCAACUAAUCAGAUUUCACUAUCAUGACUAAUGCACAUAUAUGAACUCCCAUAAAGCAUAUUCAGUGCCAAUUUAUCAAAAACUAGUUUGAAAACGUAGACAAAAACCCUUCAAAAAUAAUGGUUUGCUUCACAUGGAGGGGUCAAGGUCAUUGUUUGCUUUAAGACCAAUUGAUGCAGCAAUUCCAUCAAAGUGUAUAGGAACUAAAUUAAAGAUGUUUACUCAUUCAAUGAGAGAUUUAGCCAUAAUCAUGCAGGGCACAUGCUGGUUUGCGCAAGAUUCACCGGUAAUAGGUCCCACACGUUUUUCAGGGUCUACCAAUGUAUCAGACUCCUGGAUUGGCCCCAUUUCACUGGAAAAUAUUUAUUUUUAUGGUCUAAAAGAGAAUAAUAAAAUGACAGUGAUUGCAAUUCGUGUGUAUCAAGUGUCUUCUGUUACCAG